CUCCUUUUUCUCACUCUACCCAUUAAAAACUGGACUCCUUCCUCUCCUCCCCACUUUCUCAUUAGCCUUUUUGAUUACUCCUUCCUCCCUCUCCACCUCUGGUUUUCUUCUCUCUCAGCUCUUUUCUGUAGAGCUCUAGAGCUAUCUUUCAUUGUCCCUCCAGCACACGGCUCUCUCUUUAGUCUUGACAUCUCUUUCUCACUCUGCUUUUCUCUUUUCAUUCUAGUUUUGGCUCCUCCUUCUCUCUGCUCAGAGCCAUAUUUAUACACAUACAUAUAUUUUUUUUUCUCCAUACAGAGAGCGGAGGGAAAGACUUUUUUGGUUUCUUUUUUGUUCUUCGUUUGAAAUUUGUUCUGGGUUACCGAAGAAAGGUUGAAAGUUUGAAGCUUUGUAUUUUGUAUACAUACCAUCGAUUGGUUGAUUGAAAAAAAAAAAACAGGGGGUGUGAAGAAAAUGGGGAAGUCUGUAGUGGGUUAUUGUGGCCUUUUCCUGACUCUGCUUCUGGUUUCUGUAUCUGGGUUCCACCAUGGGAACUUGCCUGUUAUCCCCUUUGAUGAGGGCUACACCCAGCUCUUUGGGGAAGACAAUCUGGUUGUUCACAGGGAUGGGCAUACCGUCCACUUAUCUCUUGAUGAAAGAACAGGGUCUGGAUUCGUUUCGCAGGACCUUUACUUACACGGCUACUUCAGUGCUUCCAUUAAGCUCCCUGCAGAUUACACUGCUGGAGUUGUGGUUGCUUUCUAUAUGUCCAAUGGCGAUACAUACGAGAAGAACCACGAUGAGAUUGACUUUGAGUUCUUGGGGAAUAUUAGGGGUAAAGAUUGGAGGAUACAAACAAAUAUCUAUGGGAAUGGAAGCACAGCCCUUGGCAGAGAAGAGAGAUACAGCCUUUGGUUUGAUCCUGCCGAUGACUUCCAUCGCUACGCCAUUCUCUGGACUGAUUCCCACAUCAUAUUCUACGUCGAUGAUGUUCCGAUCAGAGAAGUGGUAAGAACCGCAACAAUGGGUGGAGAUUUCCCAUCGAAACCGAUGUCUCUAUACGCGACGAUAUGGGAUGGAUCGGACUGGGCCACCAACGGAGGGAAGUACAGGGUGAACUACAACUACGCGCCUUACACAACCGAGUUCUCCGACUUCGCCCUCCAUGGCUGCGCCGCUGACCCCACAGAUCACUCCACAUCGACGUGCGACGCCACCUACACCACGCUAUCGAAAGCCGAAGCAAUCUCAGGGUCGCAGAGGACCAAGAUGGACAGGUUCAGGACCAAGUACAUGACAUACUCCUACUGCUACGACCGUGUUCGAUACAAGACCCCACUGUCCGAAUGUGUGAUCAGCCCGCAAGAAACACAGCGGCUCAAGUCGUUCGAUCCGGUCACUUUCGGUGGAGGUAGGCCCCGCCACCACAGGCACCGGAGGAACCACCGAGCAGCAGCAGUCAAUGGUGAGGCCAUUUCUAUGUGAGAAUGCAAUCAAUGAAGCAUGUUUUGCCCAGAAUGGAAUAAUGGAAUGUAUGUCUUGGUGGUACAUGCAUGAAUGUGGAUGGGUGGUGGUGGGGAAGGGGGGGAUUUUUGGUGUUUGAUUCUGUUGGUUCUUCAUACUAUUGUUAUUUUGUGAAUAGAAAGAUGAAAGAAAGAGCAUAGAUUCUUAAGAGAGUGGUUUGUGGUGGUGGUGAGGGAGUGAUGGGUGUAUUCAUGGUUUUUCAUAUUAUUAUAAAAGUAUAUGGGUUAUGUGUAUAGAUUCAUAGUUUUAAUCUUCUGUUGGUCCAAUUUAUUUUCUGUGGCAUUGGCUUUUUGUUUGGUGGGGAAAUUGAAUAUGGUGAUGAUUGUUUGUCAUUUUUCAAUGUAUCCCCAUCAACACACUCUCUUGCCCGUUGGGAGAGGUUGUGACUUGUGAUGAAUGAAUAAAGAAAGGUUUAUAGCAUUAUUAGUUUAUUUAUUUCCCAAAGUUUUGUGCUUUUAUUAUUAUAUAUGUGUAUUUCCUGAUCGCUAAUUGGGUUAGGUUGCUCUGUAUGUAAAGAAAUGGUAAUCUUCUUGGGAUGAAGGGAAGGGAGAAUCUUUUUGGUUUAGUGGUUGAUUAAUCUAUGUAUUUAGAGGGUUGGGUUCUGG